AUGGCACCUGACUGACAUGAUCGAUGAACGUUUCGCAAUCAAGUGAAACAACCGAAUUAGUUUGCGAUAUAAAAAUUGACAUGCAGGUACGUAAAUACUUAGUGUUAGUAAUGCCAGUUGGAAGAUCAGCUAGCUGUGAGAAGCAAUCAUGCCAUCCGCAAAGGCCACGAGACAAGGCAACGAAGCUGGCCCUCAAGGUGCGUCUGGCUCCAGACCAGCUCAACCGGCCGGCCAGUCACUGAAACAGCUCGGGAAGCGGUCCAAGAAGAACAAAGCAAAGAAGGCAGCCAAGAAAAAGAAAAAGAUGAGACUGCCAACAAGACUCACAAGGCUGUUGAACUACAAGGCCAAGAGAGUUCACCUGGAUGGUCUAAAAUCACAGUCUGUGAACCAAAAGCUGUGUGAAGGAAGCACAACACUAAUAAGGCAUUGCAACAGGACCUUAUCAUCUACAACAUCUGGAGGCGGGGUAAAGGGUUUUUUGGAGGAGGGAAGGGGUAGCUGUUUGUCAGCCUUUCAAAAAGCAUCCAACUUUGCUCAUAGAGCCUCUGACAGUAGUGGAGAUUUAGGUUCAAAAGAUGGUGAGGGCAGCGCUGGAUGGAGAUUGAUCCCAAAGGAAAAGCUCAUUGCUCUAGAUUGCGAAAUGGUCGGCGUGGGUCCGCAGGGGAGAACUAGUGCCCUCGGGCGGUGCAGCAUCGUCGACUAUGACUGUAAUGUUCUGUACGAUGAUUACGUCAAGCCUGAAGUUGAGAUCCUUCAUUACAGGACUCAGUGGAGCGGCAUCCGUAAGCGCCACAUGGUGGACGCGAUCCCCUUCAGGGAAGCUCAGCAGCAGAUCGCAGACAUCUUACGGGGGAAGGUCCUGAUUGGUCACUCGCUGCGGUCCGACAUCCAGGUCCUCCAGCUCGGCCACCCGAGGGAGGACACCCGCGACACCAGCACCUACCGGGGCCUGCGGGAACUAGCCGGGGUGACCGUCGGUCCCGGUCAGCAACUCGGCCUGAAGAAACUGACCAAGCUGCUCUUCGGUCACUCCAUUCAGCAGGGCGAGCACUGCUCUGUGGAAGACGCCAGGGCCACGAUGAAUCUCUAUAAGCUGGUGGAGCGGCAGUGGGAGGCGGAGAGAGUUUCCGCUUUCCCUGACCGGGAUUUUCGAGUCAGCUUCAUGGACGAUCACUUUUGGCCCGAUGAUCUAGACCAGUAAAUAAAUUCAUUGUGUGCCUAGGGCCAAAAAACAAAAAUCUUCGGU